GACUCCUCGUUGUUGUGCCUGAAACCGAUUCGCCGACAGACUGCCGCUCGUUUGACCUAGUCUAAAAAGCACGUUCGUUUUAAGUACCGUAGCAACCGAACUAGCCAAAAUGGUCGUGCUCCGUUGGGCUCUCGGCGCCGUCGUCGCCGCCUCCGCCGUCUCCGCGUCCACCGACGAGCUCCAGUUCUUCUCUCGCCUACUCAAACGUCAGGAUCCCGGCACCCCGGCCUACAACUGCCAUGACAACUGCGGCCAGGCUAUCAUCCAGGCGCGCAACAGCGCGGACGUCUGCAACGACAACAUCUUCCUGACCAACUACGGGAACUGCCUUCAGUGCUCGGGCCCCGACAACGUCAACAUCUGGCGGUUCUAUGGCACCUCGCUGAGCCGGGCGGCGGAGCCCUGCGGCCUGUCGACCGAGCCUCUCGCCGGCGUGCAACCCGACGUCGGGCCGGCCAUCCCCGCCGGCUCUAACGCCGGCUCGACCUCGUCGACCGCCGAGCCCAGCAGCAGCAGCACGGCCCCGCCCGCCUCUGAGCCCGAGACCUCGUCAACCAACGGCCCGACAGAGGAGCCUACCUCCGAGCCUACGAGCGGCCCCACCUCCAGCUCCGGCAACGGCGGCGAGACCUCCGGCCCCCAGCCCACCGCUAGCUCGUCGGGCGGCGCCGAUCAGACUUCCGCUACCAGCGGCCCAUCCGAGACCAACGGCGGCGGCUCCCCCACCGCGACUGUCACCGACGCGACCAGCUCCGGCGGCUCCGUGCCCACCUUCGCCUCGUCUGGCACUGCCAGCACCACCGCCGGUGGCCAGAACGGCACCUCCCCCUCCCCUACCUCCACCGGCCCGCCGAUCGUCACUGGUGGCGCCAACGCCGCCUACGGCAGCGCAGUUGGCUUCUACGGCGCGCUCGCGCUCGGCGCCCUCUUCGCCGUCGCGCACUAGACGACGCCCCUUGCUUUCUCGCGUGUCUUUCUUGGGGGGCCUCUCGGGGGCUUUCGUCACGAGAUGGCCGCCGUACGUAGUUAA